AUGUCAGCGGUCGACGAGCGAGCCGACCUCGCAAAGCGUUUCAGACAGCUUCGCGACGAGUGGGUCGAAUCAGUCAUGCCACAGUUGCCCAACAUGUCGCCGCCGUAUAUCUCGGGCGUGUCGGCAACUUCCGGGUCAAACAUGCCGGACAUCCUUCAAAACCCAGGCAUGGUCAAGAGUACACUGCGCAUUCGUGUCAGUCAACGCGUGGAAAUAACCUCGUUCAUGGACGAGUUGAUCAAGCGGCUCGAGGCGACUGAUGAUGGCAACGACGGUCCUCUCAGCAACUGGUCGGCGCUGCGUGCAGCCCUUGCUCCUUACAGGCCCCCUCCUGCCCCGGGGUCUCCGCGGCGUUUGGUACAUCCAAAGACAGGCUUCCCGCUCAAGGAGGUCACUUUGGUAAUCCGCCAGCUCAUUGCACCGACUGCUUUGGUCAUGGCGCUCGGCGGCGAGUCCAAGCUUGCCGUCUACAGUGAAAUGACAGAAAGCGACUUUUUCGAGCGGCUUGGCGAGGAAUCGUACGACGGCGUGCGUCUGCGAGAUGCGAUCGAGUUCAGACCGGGCGUAGGCCUCACUGACUACCGGAACGAGAUGCAGAACGAGAUACGUGGUCCCGUUUCUGCCAGCUUUCAGAUUCGUCGCAUCACCCCCCUGAAUUAA